AUGAACCGGUCUCGUAAUAAGGAGAACAGACGACAGAUGGACGAAAAGAGCAAUGGAGUGGACUCCAAGAGAAUGCAAGCGUCCUCUCGGAAGGCCACUCAAACGAUGGGAGGACGUAAAGACGUGGAUAUUGUGGAUAUAGUGUCAUUCAUCGACUACUUUAUUCGUACUGCGUUCUUUAAAAUGACCAGCUCUGAGGAAAUGCUGUUGUUUCUAGCAUCUAUUGAGUCAAAUACGGCAGGUCUGUUUAAGGACUGGUCAUGGAGCCUGUGUUUCGUCUUGUCGGCGAUCUGUUGCAUUCCUGAAUGUACAUACUCACGGCUGAUACCUCUGGUGGCGAAGUGGUUUGCGCAAGGGGAUCGGCGAGUUGCUGACGCCAUUUACAAGUGGAUCAAGCGAUGGAGAAGCCGACAUGGAGAAAGAAAAGCCAUAGAGAAAUAG